CUGUGACCCCGCCCAGCGCAGAAUCCGGGCGGCUGAACCCCGGCGAGCAGUCACUCAGGAACGACACACACACAUAAGGAGACAUACAGACACACGGGAUUUCCAGAAGGACCGAGACAUACUUUGGGGAAUAUAAUAUUUCAUUUCAGCGCUCGUGUAAAUCUCUGAACCCUUCCUGGCCGGGUUCACUAACAUCUGUGUGGAUACGAGCAGUUCGUCUGACCCGCCGCUUGAACAGGAGGAGGUUCAGCGAUGAAUAAGCUACGGCAGAGUUUCCGGCGAAAGAAAGACGUUUAUGUGCCAGAGUCCAGCCGGCCGCACCAGUGGCAGACCGAUGAAGAGGCUGUACGCGGAGGCAAAUGCAGCUUUGCCGUCAAGUAUCUGGGGCAUGUGGAGGUCGAGGAGUCCCGUGGCAUGCACAUAUGUGAGGAUGCUGUUAAGAAGCUGAAGACGGCGGGUAAGAAGGCUGUGCGAGCGGUGCUCUGGGUCUCUGCCGAUGGGCUGAGGGUUGUAGACGACAAGACGAAGGAUCUCAUCCUUGACCAGACGAUAGAGAAGGUUUCUUUCUGUGCGCCGGAUCGUAACUUUGAGCAUGCUUUCUCCUACAUCUGCCGAGACGGAACCACACGCCGCUGGAUCUGCCACUGCUUCAUGGCCAUCAAAGACUCGGGGGAGCGUUUGAGUCACGCUGUGGGCUGUGCGUUUGCCGCCUGUCUGGAGCGCAAGCAGAAGCGGGAGAAAGAGUGCGGCGUCACGGCCACUUUCGAUGCCAACCGCACCACAUUCACACGAGAGGGAUCUUUCCGUGUCACCACGGCAACAGAGCAGGCGGAGCGGGAGGAGGUCAUGAGGCAGCUGCAGGACAACAAGAAAGACUCAGAUUUAGUGAUAAGCAGCUCUUCCGGCGGCUCCUGUAACCCAGUGGUGGUGACUCUGGCGGGCCCCAAUGGCUCCUCAUCUCCUCCUCUGCCCAUGGCUCCGCUGGGCCUGCAGGACGGAAAUCCUCAUGUCAUCCCGCGCCGGCACGCUCCUGUGGAGGCUCUCGCUCGCCAAGGCUCCUUCAGGGGCUUUCCGGCGCUCAGCCAAAAGACAUCGCCCUUUAAACGGCAGAUGUCGCUGCGCAUGAACGAGCUGCCCUCCACCAUGCAGCGCAAGUCUGACUUCCCCAUCAAAAACACUGUGCCGGAGGUGGAGGGUGAGGUGGACAGCAUCAGCUCUCUGUGCACUCAGAUCACGUCCACCUUCAGCGGGCCUCCUGAAGACCCCUUCUCCUCUGCACCUAUGCCCAAACCAGCCUCCUCACCACAGUCACCUGCCGCUCCAGUUAAUGGCGCAGUUCCUGCCUUCCCUCCGCCUAGCGUCACUGUAACCACUGCAGCUAACUCACCUGUGCUGCCGCCACCACCGUUGCCCGUCCGCGAGACUAACCCCUGGGCCAAAGCCCCAAACACAGCCCCGGCACACGCAGCACACACAGGGAGCGAAUGGCCGAGCCCUUCCCCCAGUACAGGAGCUCUACCUGCAGUGAGUGCGACUCUCUCCACACCCACCUCCGCUCACAAGCGCACCCCUUCAGAAGCCGACCGCUGGCUGGAGGAGGUCACCAAAUCUGUCCGAGCCCACCAACCCGCUUCCACCGCCAGGACCAGCACACCUCCCGCUCAGCAGCCCUUCCCUGCCCCGGUGCCUGUCCCACUGCCCCCAUCUGCACCCUUCAUGCCCCCGAUUCCUCCAUCCGCAGUUCCGUCUGUUCCUCCACGUCAGCCGGCUUUCCAUGCACAAGCGCCCGUAUCAUUCCCAGUGUCCAACGGGAUUCCUUACGCACAACCUACGUUUCCAAUAGUGGGCAUCACACCUUCUCAGAUGGUGGCCAAUGUGUUUGGAUCUGCCACACAAACUCAGCCCAUAUCAGUGCCGGUUCCUGUGGCCCAAACGCAGCUACAGUCUUCACCCUUCUCCACCCCACCGGCCACCCAGUUCGAGCCCCAGCCCGUGUGCAGUCCGUUCGGUAAACCUCUGCUACCUCCGGUGCCCAAUACUGUGGUUCUCCAGCCGCCACCCAAACCCAGUCCAGCCUUCAAUGGGGCAAACAGCUGGGCAGCGGCGGCCUCUGCUGGACAGGCUGGGGCAAAUCCACCGCAGGCUGAUGCCUUUGAGGCGCAGUGGGCCGCACUGGAGAGCCGGUCGCAGCAGCGCACCGCUCCAUCACCCACAAACCCCUUCUCCAGCGAGCUCCACAAAACAUUCGAGAUCCAGCUAUAAGGAUAACAAACAAGAGACUUUAAAGGACUAUGAGAUUAAAUGGCGAGCCAACCAUACAGGGAACGACUCCUCAAGACCACUUCAGAUCCACAUCUCCAGCUUUCGUUUUUUUUUUUUUUUUGGCAGGUUAUCCAUAUUUGGUUUCUGAUGAUAAUGAUAUGAACUAAUGGAGACACAGAUGGAGUUGAUGAAGAUGCAACAACCCCCCUGCAAGCUUCACAAAACAAGAUCCAACUAUAAGGACAAACAACAAAAACAAGAGACUUUUAGGGACAAUGGCGAGCCAACCAUACAGGGAACGGGGAACGACUCCGCAAACCGCUUCAGAUCCACAUCUCCAGCUUUCAUUUGUUCUUAGUUUGUCCGUAUUUGUUUUUUGUUUGUGAUAUGAACUAAUGGUGACACAGACGGGGGUUGAUGAAUCUCCUCAAAACAUUCAAGAUAAACAACAAAACAGCAAACAAGCGACUUUGAGGAACAAUGAGAUGAAGCAACUUUGAAAGACAAUUCAAUUUGAUAGCAAGCCAACCAUACAGGGAACGACUCGUCAAAACCACUUCAGAUCUUUAUCUCCAUCUUUUACGGUCCCCAAGAAAGCUUAACAUCGCGCAAUUUAAGAAAACAUAUGCAAUUACUAAAAACACCUCACAACGCAAACAUAUUAAAAUAAAAGGUGCUGCAUUUUCAUGCAAAUAGCACGGAACAGAAUGGAAAUAUUUCAAGGAGACCUAAAAAACGUGACGGACUGGCCGGGAUUUGUUUGUGUCAUGGCUAUUGCUCAGUGAAGUUUUUCUGUAUUUAACAUCCUGAUUACGCUAUUCUGUAGUAUUUUCUUAGCAUAAAUAACCUAUAUAGUGGCGUCCAUCACGUUUUAGAGUCCUCUUAAAACAUUUGCGCUGUGUUCCAUGCUAUUUGCAUGUGUUGUGAGAAAAUGCAGCUCGUUUUAUUAAUGUGUUUGGGUUUUGAGGAUUCGCAUCAUGUAUGCAGUCAAUCCGAAAAUCUUUACUUAAUUUGCUGGUGUUUUUUUUUUUGUAAUUGCAUGUGUUUUCUUAAAUUCUCUCAGCCACUCGUUUUUUUGAGUGGUCCAUAUUUGUUUUUUUGCUUGUGAUAUGACCUAAUGGAGAUACAGACGGGGGUUGAUGAAGCGACCUUAAAAGACAAUUUGAUUUAAUGGCGAGCCAAUCACACAGGGAACGACUCCUAAAAACCACUUCAGAUCCAUAUCUCCAUCUUUUACGGUCCCCAAGAAAGCUUAACAUCGCGCAAUUUAAGAAAACACAUGCAAUUGCUAAAAACACCAGCAAAUUAAGAAAAGAUCCUCGUCAAUUUGACAGCAAAUCCUCACAACGCAAACACUUUAAUAAAACGUGCUGCAUUUUCAUUCAAAUAGCGCAGAGCGGAAAUGUUUCAAUGGGACCUAAAGACGUAAGUCCUGGCUGGGAUUUGUUUAUUGUGCCUCGGAUUUUGCUCAGUGAAGUUGUACGUGAUCUUCGAAAGCGGAGUUUUGUUCUGUAUUUAACAUCCUGAUUAAGCUAUUAUUUAGUAUUUUAUUAGCAUAAAUAACCUAUAUAGUGGCAUCCGUCACAUUUUAGGGUCCCCUUAAAACAUUUCCGCUGUGUUCCAUGCUAUUUGCAUGUGUUGUGAGAAAAUGUAGCGUGUUUUAUUAAUGUGUUUGGGUUGUGAGGAUUCGCAUCAUGUAUGCAGUCAAUCCGAAAAUCUUUUCUUAAUUUGCUGACGUUAUUAAUAAUAAUUGCAUGUGAUUACUUAAAUUGCAGCUCUUUUAGCCACUCCUUUGUUUUUUGUUAGUUCGUCCAUAUUUGUUUUUUUUCUUGUGAUAUGAACUAAUGGAGAUGCGAACGGGGGUGGAAGAAGCGACCUUGAAAGACAAUUCGAUUUAAUGGCGAGCCAAUCACACAGGGAACGACACCUUAAUACCACUUCAGAUCCUUAUCUCCAUCUUUUACGGUCCCCAAGAGAGCUUAACAUCGCGCAAUUUAGGUAAGCACAUGCAAUUGCUAAAAACACCAGCAAAUUAAGAAAAGAUCCUCGUUAGUUUGACAGCAAAUCCUCACAACGCAAACACUUUAAUAAAACGUGCUGCAUUUUCAUUCAAAUAGGGCAAUGCGAAACGGAAAUGUUUCAAUGGGACUUAAAAACGUGGCUCCCCUGCUGGGAUUUGUUUAUUGUGCCGUGGAUAUUGCUCAGUGAAGUUGUAGGUGAUCUUCGAAAGCAGAGUUUUGUUGUGUAUUUAACAUCCUGAUUACGCUAUUCUGUAGUAUUUUAUUAGCCUGAAUAAUCAUAACUUAUAUAGCCACAUCCGUCACGUUUUAGGGUCCCCUUUAGGUUCAUUGCUAUUUGCAUGUGUUGUAGAAAAUGCAGCGUAUUUUAUUAAUGUGUUUGGGUUUUGGGUAUGCUGUCAAACCGAUGAGGAUCUUUUCUUAAUUUCCGUUUUCUUUAAACUGCAUGUGUUUUCUUAAAUUGCAGCUCUCUCAGCCACUCUUUAGUUUUUUGUUUUGUUUUGUUAGUUUGUCCGUAUUUGGAUUUUUGCUUGUGAUAUGAACUAAUGGAGACCUGGACGGGGGUUGAUGAAGGUGCCCCCCAACACCCCCUCGGAAAAAAAACACAGCAAAUACAACUACUUUUAUCUGAGAUGAAUUGGAGAUGAUGGUGAAUGGAUUCUAUAGAUGCUCCCCAUAUUGUUGAGGACUAACCCGACUCACAGCACCCCCUGGCAGGCUGGAUGACUGCUGGCUACCUGAAGGACUAGCCACUUCACGGACGAAGAGGAAGAAGCAAGAGAAUGCCAAAAUCUUUAUUUUUAUGCAUUAAGUAUAUUUUAAAUAGCUUUGAGAUUUAACUGAAGAGCUGUAAAUAAUCUUUCCAAAGGUGCAGGCGUAUUUUGUGUGCAUACUGGAAAAGAGCAAAUCUAUAUAUAUAUAUAUAUAUAUAUGAGCGUGAAGGGACGGUUUUCAUGUCUCGUCUCUUUCGUCAUUUGGUUAAAGUCUUCUGGCCACCAUGCAUAGUUUGGAUGUUCGUCUUUUUGUAAAUAGAUAAUCAGAACGGACUGGGUUUUGGAGGAUCUGUAAAUCGCACAGGGCCCAGACGAUGCUAUCUGUCUGUCAUGCUGUCAUUUUAACCUUUUUUUUUGUACUAUAGUAUCAGUACUUUGAUUUUUUCAUUAUUUUUUUUAGCAAUUUUUAAUGAUUUUUUUAACACUAUUGACAGUGUCACCUUCCAAGCCACUUUUGUUUUAAUUUGAUAAGAAAUUUUGCUUUAAUUUUAGCACAAGCACUGUACUAAUCCGUCAUCUACGAUUGACAAGACACCAGUCUCGGUAGAAACUGUGGUUCCAGAUCCAAAAAAAAUGAUUGCAGUCAAUGUUAAAUUUCACCUGCUUUUCAUACAAUUCCACGAACCCUUUUGUUUUUAUCAGACGUGAAGAUGAUCGGCCCCGUUUUUAGGUUUUGAUUCCAUUUUGUAAGUAUUGCAUUGUAUUAUUCCAAUUCUUUAUGGAAAAUCUAAUCUAAGAGAUCAAAUAAAAUGUUGGUGGGUAGAGGAAAGCA